AUGGGCAACAAGCCCACGUCGAACCCUCGUUGGAAAAAAAUUGGGUCGUGGAACCUCGUGGAACCGACGACAGAAAUCGAGCUUACCGGAGCUUACCAAACUUUUGCAGAGCCGAUCUUGUGGAUUUCACGUGGUCGGCGUCUCCCGUGGGAUCCACAUUCCCGCUUGGCAAGAAGCGCCCCUGGGGUGUAUUAUUUGGGUGAAAGUGUCAGGAUAUUCAAAGCAUGCUAA